AGUAGGACGUCCGUCUGUGAGUGUAUGUACCUGUACAGUACAGUGUCGAAUUAGCCAGGAGGACUUGAAUUGACCUGUGUGACCUGUGUGUGACCUGUGUGUGACCACCGAAGAGUGAGGCCGUGAUCCCGUGGUCACGGAUUAAUCGAGUGGAGGAUGUCGUUGUCGUCGUGGUCGUCGCAAAGCUCGCCGGCCAUGUUCCCUUCGCCGUCCAAGCGUUUGGUCAAGUCUAACUCUGGUCUGCGCAUCGUGUCCCAACAUGAGCGCGGGAACGCCCCUUGGGCCCUGGAGGAACCUCAUUGGGUCAAAGAUCAUGAGGUGACCGGAUGCCUGACUUGCCCCACCCAAUUUGACUUUUUGCAUCGACGGCACCACUGUCGGCGAUGCGGUCAAAUCUUCUGCAGCAAGUGUUGCCAGUCCAAGAUCCAAUUCCAUCGCAUGGGUUUCGUGGAUCCCGUAAGAAAUUGUCAAACCUGUUCCCCACUCACACGGAAAGAGGAGAUCUUCUUCACCAACCAACUCAAGGUUCUCUUUCAAGGCGCACCGUUUCAUGUGAGAUCCAGCAUGGCCAUCUCGUUGGAUUCAUGUUUGUACAAUUGCCGAAUAUCCAAUGAUGAGCGUUAUCUGUUAUUCAACAAUCACGGCGACGAGGGCGAACAGAUCCACCCAAUCGAUCUUUGCCGCAUUUCUUCCAUAGAGAUCCUGAGCGAGGGCAAUAUGAUGCUGACCGCCAAAGAGAUGACCUCGUCGGAAUUCACGCUAGAGAUUCAAGCCCCGGCCGAACCAAGCCGAAAACCGUCCUUGGCUUGGCUGAAGAGCUUUGAACAGGGUAUGGGAUUCGUAUUCAAUUCAAGGGAAUCGUCAUUGGAUCAGAGUCCUGCGUCAUCCGCUGAAUCGCCCCAAAACUCGGACGUUCCACCUUCAGAUGAAUAAAAGGUUCAAGUUUGUCCUUCAUGGUCGAUCCGGCCUUCAUCUGGAGAUACUGUUCAUUUCUGAGUCAAUUGCCAUUUUUAUUUUCUUUUUGAGAGCGGUUUUUCACCAGUUGUAUAACAAAUACCAAAAUUAGAAACUAUUAUAAUCAUGGUCACAAAUUGAAUGCUCUGCUGAAAAUCGGUUCUUUUAUGUGAAAUUUCCUUGAAAAUUCAGAAAUAUGUCGCCUUCCUUUUCAUCAACCAUAGAUCCAUAUCAAUCAAGCGACGUUUAUUGUCUAGUUAGUUUUUUUCCACGAUGCAAUAACACUAUGAUCUUUCCAAAAUGAUGACAAAAAUUAUUUGGCAAUGAAACGUAUCUCCCGGCGGAAGCCAAACCACUCGCAUGAAAACCUUGUAAAAUCAAUUAGGCCCCGUUUUCUCUUGUACAUUUUGCAAUAUGAAAUACUCAACCGAAAUAGUACUAUUCGCACCUCUAUAUAAUGUUAUCUACCUGCUUAGCCGGAUCUGAAAUCAAAAUAUCCUCGAAUUCGUCGAUUUGCCCUUUGAUCGAGUUUGUAAGGUGAAUCAAACCAUUGAAAAGAUUUCCUGAAAUCUCAUCCCGAUAUUUUCUCACCAAAAGUGCCUCGAAUCUUGAAGCUUUCAAAAAUCAAAUUAUGCAUCUCUAUCUACUGUAGUGUACAGUAGAUUCUCCAUUGAUUGCAAUGUUUUGCCAGAUGCUUUGAAAACCCACAAUAAAAGGCAUUGCGUUUACUAA